AAAGGCGAGCGCGAGAAGGCAAAUGGAAGCAAGUCCCCCUAGUCUGGGCAUGAAAAGUCCCUUCGAGUUGCGAGGAAGGAGACAACAAAGGCGGCGCGCAGCAGCAUCCUGCCCGAAAAGCCCCCCAGCCUGGCUGCUCCUCCUGCGGGACUCGGCGGCACAGCAAAGGCUCUUGGGGGCAGGUAGAGAGGGGCCUGCGGCUUCCUUCCUGCCGGGAGAAGAAGCCGCCGUGGCGGCGGCUUUGAACUGCUCAGGACUCGCUCGACCAGAAAUGGCGCGGCUUGCCGUGUCAGUCAUUGCCCGGCCGGCUCCAGGGCUGGGUCGGUGCGCGCGCGGCGCAGCUCCCCGCCUCUAAAUGAGCGGCUUUUCCAGCUGAGAGCUCCCGGGCGCGGGGCCAACUUGCGCUCUCCUGCUGGCGGCAGCCUUGGCGGCGCUUCUCCUCCUGCUGUUGCUCCCGGGUCUGGAGCAGAGAGGGAAGGUGCGAGCGAGCGCAGGGACGCGCGCUCUCGGCGGCCUCGCAGUCCUCCACACGGGACUGUGUGUCAGACCAGGAAACCGGGAGCCAGAUCCUGGUACUCCUGGGCUGGGCGGCUCUGUGUGUGUGUGUGCGCGCGCGCCAGCAAAUGAGUUUGCUCAGACUCGGAGCACGCACCGCGGCUUAACCUCAGUGCGGAUGGAAUCGGUGGCGUGUCUGGGUGGCUGCCUGGGGACUCCUCCUCCUCCUCCUGCGCGCUGCUGAGCCUUCCGCGCUGCUUGUUGUCUCCUAACAAACAGCAUCCGAACCAACCAACCGCUACUACAUGCCCCUCUCUGUGCCGACUCGGGCUCCUCCAUGCCGCCCCACCACGGGCCAUGAAGGUGAGUGUGGAUUCGGGCGAGGAAUCGACCUGUCUGUGGCAAAACGGAGGUUUUCAGGGUUUCCAUUCCCGGACACCUGCUUGGAUGCGUGGGCGCUGAGAGGACUACGUCUGCUGUAGCAGAAAACAUCUUUAAAGGCAGAGGAUACAACUAUCGUGGCAGGAGGUUCCGCAGCCUAGAGUCCCCAAGCAGCCUCCUAAACUGGCAGAUGUGUAGACACCAGAGGGGUCCAGAGAAAAGCUACAGUAGUGGCGAAGAUAGUGAGCCGUGAACCAGGAGCUGAAAUCUCAUCUGUAAUAUGCUCUGACUUCAGGAGGGUGGCAGGGAAAACCGAGUCCUGUGGCACUUUAAGGCUAACCAAUUAUUCUCUGUGUUAAUUUUCAUAAGCCGCCUUCAUGAGUAUCCUUUGAAUAGCCGAAAGGUGGUGAGAUAUGAAUAUCUAUAUACCAUAUAAUAAACACAGCUUUUAUUGUAACAUAAGCUUUGUGAACCAGAGCCCACUUAAUCUGAUGCAUGAAGAGUUAUCCCUUGGUGGGUAUAUAGUAGAAACAGAGUGGGUUUUUUUGUGGGGGCGGCUGGGAAAUGCAAGAGGUAUCCCCCUAUUCACAUGUUCUGUUCAACACACGUACAAUCUGUGUAGCAUUCACGCAUUGCAUUCACUGCAUGUACAUGUUCCAUCUUACGUUGUAUUUGAAGGUUCACUUUUAAAAUUAACACAUGUAGAUGUGCUCAGACACUUGUACAUAAUGGAUGAUAACACACUCAUACAGUAAUUAAUAACUGACCUACCUUACAGGGUUGAUGUAAAGAUUGCUGAGAAUCAACCGAGAAUCAGUGUGAAGUGUUUUGAAUACACUGAAGCACUGUAUAAAUGCUGCAUGGUUAUUUGCUUCUGUGGCACUGCUGCUCUUCAAGUAUUUUCCUGUAGAACGUGCAUACACCUGGCCCUCCUGGGGUGCCAGCAGAAUGGAGGAGAAGAGAAGGGAGUUCUAACUUCUUUCCUUUGUUCUGAAAGAUGGCCUGGAGUGGGCAGGGCAGGUGGAAAUAAUGCUGGGCUUCCACUUGGUGACAUCUCUGACCUUCCCCAGCUCCCUCGGGGGCUCGUGGACCCCAUCCCUGAAGCAAACCUGCUCUUUGUGAUUUGGAGAAAGAUGCACUUGUUCCGUAGCUGCAGCUAUCAAAUCCAGCUGGAGGGGCAGGUGGGCAGUGCCCCGAGGAUCCAGGGUAUUCGAUGGACCCCUCUUCCAGAAAGCGAAUCGGCUUUGGUGUCAGGCCACAACUUGAAGCAGGCUUCAUCAAACAAAAUUCAGAGAGCAGGGAGGCUCCUCUGUGCGCACUUGGUAACCAUGUACCCAGACCUUAUUCGUGAUCAUAAGCACCACCUACGACUGUACAGGCAGUGCUGCUCUGGAAAAGAACUGGUGGAUGCACUACUCAGCGCGGGGCUCUCUGUGCAGACCCGCAGCCAGGCCCUUGGACUCUAUCAGGUGUUGAUGGAUGAAGGAGUCUUAGCUCAUGUACGACAGGAUAGCUAUUUCCAGGAUCGUGAUGCCCAGUUCUUCCGAUUUGUGGCUCUGGAUCCAGGUGCUGAAGACCGGGAUGGUGAUGAGCUACCCGAGGCUCUGGCAUUGCUCACCCAGCUGGGCCCAACUGCAUUGCUUACCACCAUCCUGCGCAAACCCCCUGGCCAACGCACAGAAGAGGAGCUUGCACUGAUCUUUGAGGAGCUGCUGCACAUCAAAGCUGUAGCUCACCUCUCCAAUUCGGUGAAGAGAGAACUGGCUGCUGUGCUGCUGUUUGAAUCACGUGCGAAAGCUGGAACUGUGUUGUUCAGCCAAGGAGACAAGGGCACCUCCUGGUAUAUCAUCUGGAAGGGAUCGGUCAAUGUUGUCACGCAUGACAAGGGCUUAGUAUCUACCCUGCAUGAAGGUGAUGAGUUUGGGCAACUGGCGCUAGUGAAUGACGCCCCCCGUGCAGCCACCAUCAUCCUCCGCGAAGACAACUGCCACUUCCUCCGUGUAGACAAGCGGGACUUCAAUCACAUCCUCAAGGAUGUUGAAGCCAACACCUUGCGACUGAAGGAGCAUGGGAAGGUGGUGCUUGUUCUGGAGAAGAUUCCACAAGGCAGUAGCUCCAAUCACCUUCAUGGGACUCUAGGGAGCAGUAGGUAUUCAGUGAUGGCUGGAACCCCUGAAAAGAUACUUGAUCAUCUCCUAGAAACUAUGCGUCCAGACUCCGUGCUCUCUGACCCUGUAGACACGUUUCUUGGAGAUUUUCUCCUGACGCACAAUGUGUUCAUGCCAAUGCCACAGCUGUGUAGAACUUUGCUCCAACACUUCCAUGCGGAGUCUUCAGAGGGCACAGAACAGGAAAAGGCUGCAUACAUCUUGGGCAAAAGGCAGAGGAUCCUGUGGCUGGUGAAUCAGUGGGUGUUGCUGUAUGGGCGCCUGCUGCAGGCAGAAUCCAGUGCGAUGGCCUUCUUGCAGAACCUCUCUGAAUAUGCAGCCCAGGAUGCUCGUCUGGGUCCCCUGCUUAGGGAACAGAUGCAGGAUCGCCGGAGGAACAGAGUGUUAGAAAAUGGUAGCAGCUGUGGGACUCCAAAGCUUCAGGUGAGAAGUGUUGUGGACUGGUUUGCCAGCCAGGAGGAACCAUUUCUGAAUAGCAGCUACACCAUUCGGGCGAAAGACAAAAUCCCGUAUGACAUAUACAGGCCAGACUAUUCCUGCUUUACGACGUUGCUACCAGUGAAUACUUCUGUGCGAGAAGUGCUCACAUCCUUAGCAGACAACCAUGGCUGGAACAAGGAAUGGAUCCUGGUCAAGGUUAAUUCAACAGGGGAUAAAGAGGUACUACCCAUGGAGGCCUUUGGUGUGUUUACAUCCCUGGGAUUGAAUGAGAGACUCUUUGCUGUCAGUGUCCAGGAGCUUCACACUUUGAAACCUCACCCACAGCAACUAGGCCCCACUGUGGGCUCCUCAGAAACCCUGGAUUUUAUCAGUUCCAAGGACCUGGCCAACCAAUUCAUGGAGCAUGACUGGAACCUUUUUAAAAGCAUCCAUCAGGUGGAGCUGAUCUACUACAUCUUUGGACAGCAGAAGUUCCCAAAUGCCACCACAGCGAAUUUGGAGCGCUUCCUGCGUCGUUUCAAUGAGCUGCAGUUUUGGGUCACCACCGAGCUCUGCCUUUGUCCUGAUGUCAUCAAGCGGGCCCAGCUGCUCCGCAAAUUCAUCAAGCUGGCUACACACCUGAAGGAUCAGAAGAACCUCAACUCCUUCUUUGCAGUGAUGUUUGGCCUGAGCCACUCUACCAUCAGCCGCCUUUCUAGGACAUGGGAGAAGCUUCCACACAAGACCAGAAAGCUGUACAGCUCCCUGGAGCGAAUGUUGGACCCUUCCUGGAAUCAUCGCAUCUACAGACUGGCCAUGGCCAAACUGAAUCCGCCCAUCAUUCCCUUCAUGCCUCUCCUCCUUAAAGAUAUGACUUUCAUCCAUGAGGGCAACUGCACAUUGGUGGAGAACCUCGUCAAUUUUGAGAAGCUGCGCAUGAUGGCUAAGGCUGUUCGUCUUGUGCAUCACUGUCGGAGUCAGCCCAGCCUUCCACUGUCCCCCUUGAGGAGUCGCCCUCAGCACCUCCUCGAAGAAGCUCGGGCAAUGCGUGCCUCCACCUGCUCAGAGCAAUCCCUCAGCACUCGGAGCCCAGCUGCUACCUGGGCAUACAUCCAGCACCUGAAAGUGAUUGACAGCCAGAAAGAACUUGUGCGACUUUCGCGAGAUCUUGAAUCCUGAUGAUGCAGGAGGCCCAGGCCAGGACACAAGAUGUGGAUAUUGCUCAGCCUCGGGCAAGAACUGCUAGGAUGAACACCUUGUCAUGCUGUAGCCCUGCCUUCAGGCACUGAGUGGAUGGGAGCAUUCCCCAUUUCUUCGGUGGCACCCUUGAUCUCCAUCUUGAAGCCAGGACACUAGGUGCCUGCUCUACCUAGACCAGGGACCAAAGGAAGACUGUACUGCCUCCGACCAGCAAUGCUUUUGUAGACUUCAGGGUUUCUGGCUUGAAAAAGGCUGCUUCAUGGAACACAUUUGGCUGCCUUAAUGGGGGCUCUUGCUCCUUUCCCCUUAUUGCUAAUCAGUGUUCAACAGAAGUAUGAAUUUUUAAAAAGACUUACUUUCUUAUGUCUGAUGGAAUGCUGCUUUCUGACUUGAUCCCUCUCAUCCCUUCACUUGCUGGUGAAUAGCAUUAUAGCUGAUGAAAUGUGGAAAGAAAAUCACGGGGUCACAAUUCCUGUUUUAAGAUGGCCAGCAGACUCCAUCUGAAUUAUUUAUAGUUUCUCUCUGAGAAACUGAAAUCUUUAAGACAAUGCAGAGGGCUAAAAUCCAUCGCCUUCCACUGUACUGAUUAAUGAGGUUCAUUAUCUACUUUUGCUGCCUGUAAUACAUCAAUUGGUGCUUAGUGAACAUAAUGAUGUAAGUGGUACCACUGGGUACACCUGAGAGCUGUGCCCAACAUUCCCUAGAACAUAGCAGAGGAUGCUACCAGUGGCAGAAGGUAGGUGUGUAAACAUGUAGGUGUGUAAGCCUGGGCUGAUCUCAACACCACUGUGACAGCUUCUUUCCCUGCUUGUCAUUCUCUCUUCCCAGCCACUCAGAAGGCAGAGGAAGAGGAGCUACAGUGUUGGUAGCUGAAAAUUGCUCCAGUCUCUGCCCCCUCUUCAGCAUAACAACCUAAAACGUUCUAAGUGCUAAGCAUAAAAAUGCCAAGAGAAGUGAAUCUUUAUAACAGUGGAACUCUGGGAUUUUUAUCAGUCCAGUUAUGAUGACUUCUCUUCAGCUAUUCUCUCCCCCUGCCCACCCUAUACAUUUUAAAGAGAUUAAUUAAGAAUAGUUUCCCUUAAUUGGGGGUGGCUUCCUGCAAAAUUCUGGGCAGACAGGGUGACUGAAACACACCUAUCACCAGACACCCGCACUAUACAUUAUGUUAAAUGGGUUAUUAAGUGGUGUGCUUAAGUCUGGCAAGGUCUCCUUAUUUAUGAAGAGAAGACUUUUUUGUAGAAGGAAUUGGGGGUAGGGGAGAAUGGGCCCUCAAUCUAAAUUAGGACUGUGGUGCAUGUGCAGUUCGUGGGUUAAUACUUUCCUUCAUACAGUUUUCCUGCCAAAAAUUGCCUGCCAAAACUACUGUUUGCCCUCAAAACAGUUAUUUGCAGAAAACAUAUGCUUGGUGGGAGGAUUGGUGGUUUGUGCUUUUUUGUAAUAAAGUGGUACAGAGGAAAGGGUU